AUGACGGCUGUCGCGAAUCCCCCUAGCUUCGCAAAUCUCAAUCGGCCGGGAUGGACUGAUGGCGGCCAAUCGCUAAACUCGAUGAACCCCGACGACAAUAGAAUGAACAUGUUCAUGUCGCGAAAAUCUCUGCAACGAUCCAAUUCGUCGUCGUCGAUUUCGUCGACGGCGUCCUCCUCGUCCACCUCCACCGUGACCUCGACCGGCUCCGUCUCGACUGCGCCGACCAACGGCAGCCCCAGCAGCACCACCAGCAGCGGGAACGGAAACGGCAACCCCAUGUCGGUCGGUGGAGACACCGCGCCUUGGUCGAACUCACAAGCUCUGCGCAAGAAAGCGCAACCAAAAAACAACACCAACACCAACUCAUGGACUAAUGCCAGGCCAGAAGGAGCGUCCGACUUUUCACGCUCAGCAACAGGCCGCCCGCCCAUGGCGAAUGGCGUCAACGGCGCGCCUCCAACUAUGCACCACCAACAACAGCAGCCAUCAUCACAACCCCAGCCCCAGCAACAACCGCAGUCCGCCUUGUCGGCGCCGAACCAGAUGAUGUCACAAAACAACAUCUCGAGGCCAGGCGCCGACCAAAUGGCUCCCCAACGCCUGCCCGUGCUGUCGCUGCUGUCGCUCAAUGGCACCUUCGAACGCAAGACCAUCUCCGUCCCCUUUUACCCCGACAUUAUGAAAAUCGGCCGACAGACGAAUGCGAAAACCGUCCCUCUCCCUACCAACGGCUUCUUCGACAGCAAGGUGUUGUCGCGUCAGCACGCCGAGAUCUGGGCCAACCAGGACGGCAAGAUAUAUAUCAAGGAUGUCAAGUCAUCGAACGGCACCUUCGUCAAUGGCAACCGCCUGUCGCCAGAAAAUCGCGAGUCGGAACCCCACGAGCUCCAGUCCCAAGACCAUCUCGAACUUGGUAUCGAUAUUGUUAGCGAGGAUCAGAAGACGGUAGUUCACCACAAGGUCGCCGCCAAAGUCGAACAUGCCGGAUUCGUUACCCAAACAAAUAACCUCUUGGACAUGAACUUUGGCGAUCUCGAUCCUUCAAAUGGCGGCAUGAUGAUGCCCAUGGGCGGCAUGCCUCCCUUCCGCGGUCGAGCUGGCAGCGCAGCAUCGCUAGCAAGCAACGGGCGUAUGAUGCCUGGAAAUAUGGGCGGUCCGAUACCCGGUCUGGCGCAGCAGAGGCAGUUUUGGCUGAACCCUGUCACGACUGAACAUAUUGUCAAAAAGCUUCAGGUUAGUACAAGUCUUUGCACGUGGUUCCUGAUUCAUCUGCUCACACUACGAAAGACGGAAAUGCGAAAUGCCAAGCUGCAGCACCACGACCUUAUCCGAACGGGACAGUUCAUCACCGCCUUGGUCACCAAGGACGACAUCAAGAACCAAGAGAAGCCCGAUGGCAUCGAGCCUCCCAAACCGCAUGUAAAUGGCAACGUCCCCUUCAAAUCGGAUAACAGCAAAACCCGGUUCUCGGAGCCCCCUGCUCCUCCACCAUCACAGCCUGUCCCCGAAGUGCCGAGUGUUGCUCGCGCUUCAGAUGCGCCUUCGCUAAAACGAGGAAUCACCGAGCGACCCAAAUCACACCCUUUCCCCAAGGAUGCGAACGUUAAUCAAGUUAUGCAACUUACGGAGGCUUUGAACAUGGCAAAGAAUGAGCUGGACAGUAACAGUGCUCGGGUGCGAGAUCUGGAAAGGAUGCUUAACGAGGAACGUGAAGCCAGGUUACAGGCGGAAAUUUUGAUGCAAAAGAUGGCAGUAAGCCAGCAAGCAGUAACGAAUGGUACAAGUGUGGCAGCUUUGACCAACGGCCACUCAGAGCUGGAGAAGGCUUUUGAGCCACCGACGGAGCAGUCUCAGGCAAACAACUCGAGCGCACUCGGCGGUGUUGAACCCAAAAAGAGCUCCAAGCCGGAAACUAGCAACAUCGAGGCCAUGGCAGCAGCUUUCCAGGCUCGGAUCGAGUCGAUGACGACGGAGAUGAAGGGGCUUAGGGAGCAGCUAGAAGCUUUUAGGAACAGGGCUGAGCAGGCAGAGGCAGAGCGAGAUGCUGACCGCAAGACUCUCAGUCAGUUGAUUUUGCAAAUACGCCAGCGGGAUGAGAAGGAGCAGCAAGCCGCGGCGCGCAAGUCGCGUUCGUCCUCCCGCGGUAGAUCACGCCAGGGCAAGCAGGAGAAGGAGGCUGAGCAGGCGUUGCCCAAGGCCAAUGGUGCUGCAGUGACCGGACCCACCCAGUCCGAUGGUUCCUCCGAGGAUCAGGCUGAGGAGGUGCCCAGUCUGGCGCUGACGGACACGUUGAAACCGUCGUCCUCGUCCGCGCUAGUAUACCCGCACCAGGAUCGUGCGUUGAUACAGGCCAUGCCCUACGUAUCCGUUCUUGGAGUUGUACUCAUCGGCAUGGGUAUGAUGGCUUACCUCAAUGGGUGGCAGCCGCAGGCGAAGAACUAG